CUGCGACGAUGUAAUAAAACUCUCGACGCAGCAGAAUAGACAAUCAGAAAGCCAAAAGUGAAAUAUCACCACACAAAGAGCUCUAACUGGAACGCGUAAGCACUCGAGAGCCGGUUGACAGUCACCUUGGUUGAAGUUGAAGUAGUCGUAGUCGUAGGUGAUUCCCAUAUUACCACAACCGGCCCAUAAGUAGACGUGGACUCAACGCAAACAAUGCCUGAGGAUUUAUUUAGGAUACAACGCAAUUGUCUGCGUGUAAUGGGCCACCAAGACAUCUUCGAUAACAAUGAAGCGCCGAGCGAUCAGCAAAAAUCGAAGUCGAAGCAACAGCGGUGGUGCCUUCACCAUUGCCAAACGUUGAAGUAUGUGCUGUUGUUGUUGUUUAUGGUGUCGGCACAAUUGCCAAUGAUGGAUUACAUUAUUUAUCAUAUCGACGAUUUGGCAUUGGCGACGGCUUGCCUAAGUAUUGUCUUCACCAAUGUGCUGACGGUCAUUAAGACCUCAACAUUUCUGACUUACAAGCGCGAGUUCAAAAGCCUAAUGGCCGAGUUCGAAAGUAUGUACGAUGAAUUACACGAAGCGGGUGCCAAACGGUGUCUGGUGACGGUCAAUGUAGGUGCAAAGAGAUUUGUCAAACUGUACUUUUACAGCGUCUCAUGCACGGGCUUGUAUUUCACAAUAAAACCGUUGGUUAGCAUGACUUGGGCAAAAUUUCAAGCUAAGCCGAUAAUAUUGGAGUUACCAAUGCCAAUGAGGUUUCCCUUCGAUUUCGAGUCUACGCCGGGCUAUCAAAUCGCCUAUAUAUACACUAUAUUCAUCACCAUAGUGGUAGUGAUGCAUGCAACAUCUGUGGAUGGUCUCUUCGUUUCGUUCACCACAAAUCUGCGUGGUCAUUUCCAAGCUUUGCAGUAUUUCAUCGAGACAAAUACAUUCGACAAAUCCGAAGCGCUCCUACAGCGGGAACUUCGCAUCUACGUGCAGUAUCACGUGCAACUGCUGGAGCUCUCGAAAAGCGUGCAGCGUAUAUUCAAGCCAAUAAUUUUCGGACAAUUUCUGAUGACAUCGCUGCAAGUGUGUGUCAUUAUUUAUCAACUGGUGAUGAAUAUGGGCGUUAUCAUGGAAAUGGUUAUCUAUUGUACGUUUCUCAGCUCAAUUCUGCUGCAAUUGCUGAUUUACUGUUACGGCGCCGAGUUUCUCAAAAUUGAGAGCUCUGCCGUGAGUACGGCCAUUCAGAUGUCGCGAUGGUAUAAUUUACCGCCUCGUCAUCGUCAUGUCUUUCGACUGAUGAUGCUACGUUCACAGCGUGAGAUCAUUAUUAGUGCCGGGUUCUACGAGGCUUCGCUGGCCAACUUCAUGAGCAUUUUGAAGGCCGCCAUGUCGUACAUCACUUUCAUACAAUCCAUUGAGUAGUGUGAGAUCAAAAGCAGUGAAAGAGUGAUUGCAAAAGCAGCUGCACGUGAGGUCACCAAAAUCUAAGCCUGCAAUUAACUUAAGUUUAUUUAUAAUUUGGCAGAUAUUAUGAGAUUGAGGCAACUUAAUCCCUUUGAAGCAGUUUGCAUGGAUUUAAACCUUCGGAAAAGUGGUUAUAAAAGUAUGAUCCUUUUAACAACAUGAAA